CUUUGGCUGUACUGUACCUGUGCACAUCUUUUCGGAUUGGUAUUUUCAUUCGAAAGACGAAGGGCACGGCUACACAUAAGACAUGAACUCGAUUACCCAUUUGGAUUUUCCCAAGAAAGUAAAGAGCUUUAGCCCUCUUGAGUCGUUUGUGGGUGUUGUUGGUUUCGUUUUGGUCACUAUCCUCUUCAUUGGUUGCUUAUUCUACUGGGACUACCGUUCUGUCCGCUCCCUUGGGGUUCCAUGGCUAGGAGGAUUCGGCGGUGGUGGAUCAUCACCGUCUUUGUUGUCGGUAUCACCGGAUGCGGCAGUAGCACCACCACCGACGGCAGCUAUGGAUGUGAAUGGACAGGUGGGAUUUCUUGAUGAAGGUGGGGAUGGUUGUGAUGUGUAUGAUGGGAAGUGGGUUUGGGAUGAUGACUAUCCGCUGUACCAGAGCCAAGAUUGUCCCUUUGUAGAUGCUGGUUUCCGGUGUCUGGAAAAUGGAAGGCCUGAUAGUUUCUACACCAAGUGGCGUUGGCAACCAAAAGGUUGCAAUUUGCCCAGAUUUAAUGCAACAAAGAUGUUGGAAAAGCUGAGAAACAGGCGCCUUGCAUUUAUAGGUGGGGCUCUAGCUAAUAAGAACCAGGCGAGGAGUGUUUUGGAUGACUCCUGCACACAAAGAUAUUAAUAUGACUAGCAACAAGGAAACACAACUGAUAAAUCCUCAACAAAUUUCAGCAUUCUUUUGGAUUGAUUUUGUUAUGCUAAUGGUUACAAGAAAAGUUUGCAAAUGUCAUUUCAUGCACGAAGUUUGCUCGUUGAUAAAUUCCUUUUUUCAACCAUCAUUUCAUCAUUCCUUGCACGAAUUUCUUUAUGUUUACAUUAAUAACAUUGUAGGUGAUUAUACAUCUGUGCAAUGAAAAAAUAAAUGAGCACAAGAUCU